AGACUGGAGGGAAGGAAGCAUGUUUAAAAUUAACCCUUUUAACAAACAGUGUUGUCAAGGCAGAUUCAGCAUCUUUCUGGAGCAUCUCCCCACCUCUGCUGUUUGUGUCAGAGGCGGAUGUUUGCAGCUUAGUCUGGAAGACUGACAGUGACACGGGAUUGGUUACAUUUUUGGUGAAUGUAUCAACAGCUGCGGCGCAGCUAACAUCAGGAUCGGGAGCGCAAUGAGCAAGGCUGGGGAGCAGGACAAGGUCGACAUCUAUCGGGAUACUUGGGUCCGUUUUCUGGGAUAUGCUAAUGAAGUUGGUGAAGCUUUCCGGGCACUAGUUCCUGUAGGACUGGUCUGGGCUACUUAUGGCAUAUCAACUGCAUAUGUUACAGCUGAUGCAGUUGACAAGGGGAAGAAAGCAGCCGUUGCUCAUGGAGACAAACCUGGAAAAACAAUGACUGUCGGUGUCGCUGUGGUGGAUACGUUCAUCUGGCAAGCAUUGGCCUCAGUUAUAAUUCCAGGAUUCACCAUCAAUCGAUUGUGUGCAGCUUCCCUUUUCUUACUUCGGAAAACUACAAGGUGGCCACUGCCUGUGAGAAAGUGGACGACAACUGCUAUUGGCCUGUCUGCCAUCCCAGUCAUUAUAACUCCCAUUGACCGGUCUGUGGACUUUCUUUUGGAUUCUACAUUAAGAAAGUUAUAUGAAUCAGAAGAAAAACACAAACCGUAACCAAAGGCAAUUGGAACUGUAGCCAGUUUAAUAUUUGUGUACAUUGUAAAGCUUUAAAUUACAUUGCAAAGCAAUGAACUCUGUACUCCAACUCUGGAAAACUAGUCUCCACUUUUAAGACAAUGGGCUUUAGAUGCUGGAAAGUAGAUGCUUGUUUUGUCUUUGUAAUUACAUUGCUGUACAAUAUUGAUUUUGUGCAGGAAAAUUGAAAACAUCUUUAUACACACACAAUCACUGAAUCCUUCAAGAAUUGAGUGGUUAGAGAAUGAUUUUGAAUAUCACUAUUACAUUGAAUUAAAUGAGUAGAGAUGUCAAGUGACCCAAGGAUGGUUACCCACCUUGAAUUGUACACUUAGUUUAUGGAAAAAAUAUCCAUCAUAUUUCACUAUUUUAAAACUACAUUGUAAAGCACUCAUUGGUUAGAACACACUGCCUGUGCUUUGUGGGUAUAGAAACACAACUUGAGGAAAGUGCUCCUCUGUCUCCUUUACCUUCACAGCAGCUCCAAAAUCCAAUGAAACAUAACACUGGUGUUGCCUGGAGAUAAGAAUUGGAUAGGUCUACUCUGUAAUAAUCAACCUUUCUCUCAGAGAAACUAGAUCUCAAUCUGUGCCACAGCACAAGUAAGACCCAUAUCAUGCCUCCUAUAAAACAGUUGAGCACAAAAUAGUCCAUUGGGGUGAAGCUAUAAUAGAAGUUUAUAAAAUCAUGAGGUGUAAAGAUAGGGUUACUGGUAGGUAUCUUUUCUCUAGGAUGAGGGGUUUCAAAACCAGGGAACAUAUUUUUAAGAUGAGGGGCACUUUUUUACAUCAAGGAUGGUUCACAUCUGAAAUUACCUUCCUGAGGAAGUGGUGGAUGCAGGCAUAGAUCUAACAUUUAAAAGACACUUCGAUAAGUACAUGAAUGCCAGAAGAGAUAGGUCAUAGAGAUGUACAGCAUGGAAACAGACCCUUCAAUACAACUCGACCGUGCCAACCAGAUAUCCUAAAAUAAUCUACUCCCAUUUGCCUGUAGACCUCUAAACCCUUCCUAUUCAUAUACCCAUCCAGAUACCUUUUAAAUGUUGUAAUUGUACCAGCCUCCAUUACUUCCUCAGGGAGCUCAUUCCAUACACGGAACACCCUCUGCGUGAAAAAUUUGCCCCUCACGUCCCUUUUAAAUCUUUCUCUCCCCUUAAACCAAUGUCCUCUAGUUUUGGACUUGCCCACCCUAGGAAAAGAACUUGUCUACUUAUCAUAUACAUGCCACUCAUAAUUUUAUAAACCUCUGUAAGGUCAGCCCUCUUCUUCCAACACUCCAGGGAAACUAGCCCAGCCUAUUCAGGCAGGUGGGACUAGUUUAGUUUGGGAUUAUGUUCAGAAUGGACUGGUCGGACCAAAGAGUUGGUUUGUGCUGUAGGUCUCUGAUUAUUAGUGAAGUGGUUUCAGUAUCAGUAGUAUUUAAUUGAGAUACAGUAUACCAAACUAUAUUAUAUCUAUUACACAAGGAUUUGCAUAAUAUUCUAAAUGAAAAAGACAGUUCUCAAAACAGUAUUAUCACUUGAGUUGGUCAAUGAGUAGUAUUGAGAUAAUAGUGUUUUUUCAUAUGUCAUAAAGCUGCACCUAUUGCCUUGGGACUCACUGGCAAUAGUGUCAAAGAAAUGAAAUAUCUUAGUGGAAUUAGAAAAUUAAAAAAAUAAAUUUUAAAAGAUCCUACUCCAGUCACUUUAAGCUUCUAGUCACUUAAGGGCAUAUGAGAGUCCGAGAGAUAAAUCCGAUAAUUCUCUCAAAGUUCAACUAAAAUGGACACAACAACAAAUCUGCCCAAUUUACAUCAGUUUCGUGGCAAUAUUCCCUAAGAAAUGCCAGUCAGAAUCAAGCAGGAUACAGGACAGAAACUACCUCUUGUAUUUCUUGUACAGUUCUAGACUUUGGUCUUGCGUUGUUACUUUCUAGCCUUGUUACUCCAUCUGAUUUCCAAAAUCAAUUCUUUGGAUCAUGAGUGAGAACUCUAUUAGUGAGUUACUCUAUCAUAUGAGCAACACUGAAUUUUUGUGAAAUAGGUGCCAGGACAUUAAAUGAGGUGUCAACUUGAAAUAACUAGAAGAUCUCAGCUGCACAAAUUCACUACUGUCUACGUGUAGACUAAAAUAGAAUUAACUCACUUGUGCAAAGCUAAGACGUUCGGAUAUAAUAUAAUGUUGUAUGACAGCACUGAAUCUUGCACCCAAUCUUGUAUAAUUGAAGUGGGUGUCCCAGGGAUGUAUCAAGCUAAAAGUCAUUGGACUUGCAAGAUCCUCACAGCCUAGACUUGAGUGAAUAAUGCUCACUUGGUUGAGGUGCAAUGUAAAAAGUGCCCUUGAGAUCUUACCUGAGCAAGAAUCAUGAGUGGCUAAUGUGAUAAAAUCGAACUUGAGGUGUUGGGUGAAUGACUGCUUCAUAUUUUAAAAUAAUGAAGUAGUUAUUUUAAAAACAACAAUAAAAAGUAUCAGGACUAAGAAAAUGAAGUACCAUCAGUCUUUAUGGGCUAAAGUCAUCUUUGUAAUUUGAAGCACCAGAGACAAAAGAAAAUUGGCAAUAAAAGCAUUAAACACUCA